UUCUUGGCAGUUUGUUUUGUGACACACCUGGCUGGGGAUCUGACUGACUCUGAGACCAUGCGGAAAAGUCCUCCGAGCGCCUCACAGAGUCGAACAGCAGCAGCAGCGCGAGCUCAGAACUAGCGACACAGACAGCAAGCAGAGGAGGGCACGCGCGCUGCUUCUAGAUGACAGACCUAACGUAAACAUACCUUUCCUGCCUCUUUAUCAUCGUAACGCCGUCUUUCCUGCUCUCGGGAAGUCUGGAGAAGAAGAAUGACUGACGAAGGAAUGCUAAUCUCACCGUCGGCUCUCCAGGAUCACGGAGAUGGAGCGAAACCUGAAGACAUCAGUAUGGAUUGUACGGACGGGGAAGAUGAAUUAUGUCUGGAAGAGAUUUUAACACUGUACAGUCAGCCCAUCAAUGAGGAGCAAGCCUGGGCCGUGUGUUACCAGUGUUGCAGGUGGUUAACGCAAAAACAGAGACGGAAAGAGACAGGUGGGAGUCCACCUGGACGGAUUGCGGGUCCUGGAGAUGUGAGGAUCCGGAAGGACGGGACUGUGAAAUUAUAUCAACAGAGCAGUCCAGAUAAACACAUCCCGCCCAGUUCAUCAAUAGAGAUCAUAGAGUCUCUGGGUAUAAUGAUCUACAAGGCUUUGGAUUACGGCCUGAAGGAGCAUGAGGAGAGAGAGCUCAGCCCUCCUCUGGAGCAGCUCAUCGACCUCAUGACCAACAUGGCAGACACGGAAACAGAUUGUCCCGAUGAGGGAUAUGAGGCAACGGAGGAAGAGGAUGAGGGAGAGGAAGAAUCCACAGAAGUCUCCAAUGUCCGUGGCUACCGUGAUAUCAUUUCCCUGUGCACGUCUCACCUUCCUAGCCCAUCAGAUGCUCCCAACCACUACCAGGCCGUAUGUCGAGCCCUGUACGCAGAGACCAAGGAGCUACGCACCUUCCUGGAGAAGAUCAAGAGUGCCAAAGAGAAUUUGCGAAAGAUGGAAGGAGAAACAGAGCAGCCCGUCAGAGACCUGAAUGAGCUGCAGAACGCUGACUGGGCACGGUUUUGGGUGCAGGUGAUGAGGGACCUGAGACACGGUGUGAAGCUGAAGAAGGUCCAGGAGCGUCAGUAUAACCCUCUAGCCAUUGAGUUCCAGCUUACGCCUUAUGAGAUGCUCAUGGAUGACAUCCGCUCCAAACGCUACAAACUUCGCAAAGUCAUGGUCAAUGGUGACAUUCCUCCGAGGUUAAAGAAGAGCGCUCACGAGAUCAUACUGGAGUUCAUUCGCUCCAGACCUCCACUGAAUCCUGUUUCUGCUCGUAAACUAAAGCCUCAUCCUCCAAGACCUCCCUGUCUUCAUGAACGUAUCCUGGAAGGGAUCCGGUCGGAGAGAAAGCUCAGGCCUGUCUCACCUGAUAUGAUUCGUAGAAGUCGACUCGGCGCAGGCAAAAGUAUGAGCACCCCACAGGACUUGUUCCGAAGCUCAGACAUCCCUGAUGGACCCCGCAAGUUGGCUGUCAGCACACUGUCCCUGGCCAAUGGCACGUCGCCAGCUCGGAGCCCCGUAAACGGUGUAGCCGGAGGUCAGCCGGUGUCCCAGAGAAAGAGGUUGCUCAAAGCGCCUACGCUGGCUGAGCUCGAUAGCUCCGACUCGGAUGAGGAACAAACCACUCAGAAGUCUGACAGCAGCUCCAGCGUAUCCGCCUCACUGGUUGAGGACACAUCUCCAGAGUCCGUCGUGGCCAAAAGAGCUCCUCCGCAGUUUCUGCCCAUAUCUUCUACCCCUCAACCUGACAAACGCAUCGCUCCACAGAGGAGGCACUCCAUAGAGAAAGAAGAUCCCACCAGCGUCCGGCCUUUCCUGCCUCCGUCUCGCCAAAACUCCAAAUCUCUGCUGUCUUCGGACAACAAGGCUCACGCACUAGGCAGCGGUCGUGCGGAGGAGUUCUGCUACCCCGUCGAGUGCCUGACUUUGACCGUAGAGGAGGUGAUGCAUAUCAGACAGGUUCUUGUUAAAGCAGAGCUGGAGAAGUUCCAGCAGUAUAAAGAUGUCUAUAAUGCGCUAAAGAAAGGAAAGCUUUGCUUCUCAUGUCGGACAAAGAAGUUUUCGCUCUUCACCUGGUCCUACACCUGCCAGUUCUGUAAGAGGCCUGUUUGUUCACAGUGCUGUAAGAAGAUGAAGUUGCCCUCCAAGCCCCAUGCCAGCCUGCCCAUCUCUUCUCUGGGCCCCAGCAUCCUGCCCAAAAAGGAGUCUGCAGCGUCAGCCGCAACAGAAAAGCCCUCCUCCACAUCCAGCCACAAGCGCCACAGCCUUCAGCGCACAAUGUCCAGAUCAUCAAAGCACGCUGAGCUGGAGCUGCCGGAGCAGUUCACAGAGGACUGGAGCAGCAUGGAGGUCUGCGUGGACUGCAAGAAGUUCAUCAACGACAUCAUCAGCAACAGCAGGCGCAACCUGACCACCAAACGUGCCCGUCUGCACCGCAGGACCCACUCCGUCUACAUGUCCAACACCAGUUCUUCCAACUACAAACCCUCAGAACGGACUAUCAAAGAGGUUUAGCAUCCAAAGUGUUUGGAACUGUCACGGUGUAGUCCCUCUGUUAAACGCUCCCGUUAUACUGUUCUCACCUGUCGCUAAGGUGCCAGAUGGUAAUGCGCUUAUGUUACAUACUGUAUGAAAAAUACGGCCACUUUUGUUAGCUUUGUAACGUUCCUUCAAUACCUCUUCUUUUCCAUUUAAAAAGUGCCAGAGGUGAAGGAAUAAAGCCGUCCCUCUUCCAGCAUGAGCCCUUAAGCACCAGCCUUCUCAGGAAAAAGGUUUCUUCUGUGAUUAAAGCUUUGGAAUGUAGUUUAACACACUUUAAAUUUACUUUGACCAGCUUUUCUCAAAUUAAUCUAAGUUGACACAGAAUGAAAUGACAGUGUGAAAAAAAAAAAAAAAAGAUAUCGCAAGGCUGCUUUAAUCACUGAAAGGCACGAGGCCUGAAUGUACAUUUUUCAAUGGAGCUCAUGUAUGUAAAUAGUUGCUGAAUGCUCAGCCUAAAUGUAAAUAGGCAUCCAAACAGACUUAUUUUCCCCUUUUAGGAAGCACUAGUCAAUUGCUGAAAGACCAAGAGACUGUAGAUUUAUUCAGCCUCCACAACAAUUCAAGAUCAAGUCUUACCAAAUGUUUUUCUUAUUGUUUGUUAAAAUUGCUGCUGUGAUUGUGACAUGGUCCAAACGAAUGCCGUUUUAGAUAAUUACAGAAAGUACUUGCAGAGAUAAAUAUAUUUUUCCUGUCUGAUGGCAGCGCUUUUGAGAUUUUAGUCAAAGAUGAGGGUCAAAAAAAUGUUUUUUAAGAGCGGAUGCUGAAAGCUGUAGUGUUUCUUAAAGGAGUGAUCGGCUGUGCCAAACAAAUCUCCACUAUCUGAGCAAUAUGUGUCUUGGACCUGGUGUACAUAGUCAGUAACAUUUACCGGAGAUGGUGACGGCCCAAAGGGGGAAGCCAGUUCUCUCUUUUAUAUAGGAAGUGACUUUUGUAGGAUAUGUUUAUGUACAUGCUGUAUAUCCGAAUCUCAUCUGAUCCACUUAUCUAUUCAAAUAGGCUCUAUUGUUAUAACGUUAUGAUUUAUAUUAUUAAUAAUAAUAAUUUUAUUUUUCAGUGUCAAAUGUUACUUUCUUUUCAUGUUCACUCAACAACUAAAAAUAUUUUGUUAUUUUUCAGCUGCACAUUUAUUUUGAUGUCUUAACUUUGUAAAUUAAUUUAUAAUAUUAUUAAUUACCCGUUUUGUGCAAUGAAACACCCCAGGAGACUUUAAAUAUGAAGGUACUGAAGUCAUGUCAGGGUUUUUGGAAGGAUUGUUUAUUGUCUUAAUAAAUAAAUAAAUAAAUAAAAAA